UCCCCUCCCCUCAGCCUCACCCCACUCCCUGCCAGCAUCCCAGGGUUUCUUUCCACCCUGGGGGUCUCUGUGCCUCUCAUCCUCCUCUCUACUUGCCUCCUCCCUCAUCGCAGGUUGAGCAGGCACCCAUCCUUUUCUGCCCAGGCAUCCCCGCCCCCCAACGCUGUCACCGCCACUGUCUCUUCUUCCUCGUCUUCUCCUCUCCCCACCCUCUCCUCUCCUCUCUUCUCCCUGCCCCUUUAAAUCUGCCUGGCCCAGCCUCCCCCGUGAUGCUGGGAUGGAGCAAACAUUGAUUUGCGCUGGGAUGGAAUCAGAAUUUUGAUUUUUUUUUUCCUCUCCCAACCAUAAGAAGAAGAAAAUAAUAAAAACACCCCCUCUUGAUAGCCCCCUCUCUCUUCCCAUCCAGCUCCCAGCUCCUCUUCCUGACCUCCAUCCAAGGCAGAUUUUUUUCCCCUACACUAUUCUCAUCUCCCCCUACCCCUGCCACCACCUCGCGCGCCCCCCACUGCCUGCUCCUCCGGCUGGGGAGAGAGGGGACUCUCUCCUGCGGCUCCCCCACCUGGGCUCUCCGGGUUGGAGCAGUCUCUCCGGAAGGGGAGGGGGCUUGUCUUGCCUGGGCGAGGUGGGAGUGGAGGUGUCCUGCCAUGGAUGCUGUGCCUGGGAGGCAGCCUGAGCCCCAGUCCACAUGCCACUCAGGAUGAGGGUCCGGCCCUGCCUGCCCGCGCUGGGCGCCCCCUGCCUGGCCCCGGUCUAACUGCCCCCGCCCCCAGGCCUCGCCCGGCUCCCAGGCCCCCAGCCGGCUUCUCCAGCCCCAGGAUGCGCUGAGCCACCGGGGGGCUGAGGCCGCGCCAACUACAUGCAUGUCCCCCGGGGGCAAGUUCGACUUUGACGACGGGGGCUGCUACGUGGGGGGCUGGGAGGCGGGGCGGGCACAUGGCUACGGCGUGUGCACGGGGCCCGGCGCCCAGGGCGAGUACAGCGGCUGCUGGGCGCAGGGCUUCGAGUCACUGGGCGUCUUCACGGGGCCCGGCGGACACAGCUACCAGGGCCACUGGCAGCAGGGCAAGCGCGAAGGGCUGGGCGUGGAGCGCAAGAGCCGCUGGACGUACCGCGGCGAGUGGCUGGGCGGGCUGAAGGGGCGCAGCGGUGUGUGGGAGAGCGUGUCCGGCCUGCGCUACGCCGGGCUCUGGAAGGACGGCUUCCAGGACGGCUACGGCACCGAGACCUACUCCGACGGAGGCACCUACCAGGGCCAGUGGCAGGCUGGGAAGCGCCACGGCUACGGGGUGCGCCAGAGUGUGCCCUACCAUCAGGCGGCGCUGCUGCGCUCGCCCCGCCGCACCUCCCUGGACUCGGGCCACAGCGAUCCCCCGACGCCGCCCCCGCCCCUGCCCCUGACCGGCGACGAAGGAGGCAGCCCGGCCUCCGGCUCCCGGGGAGGCUUCGUGCUGGCCGGGCCUGGGGAUGCUGACAGCGCGGCCUGCCGAAAGCGCACCCCCGCGGCCGGCGGGUUCUUCCGCCGCUCGCUGCUGCUCAGCGGGCUUCGGGCGGGCGGGCGCCGAAGCUCCUUGGGCAGCAAGAGGGGCUCCCUGCGCAGCGAGGUGAGCAGCGAGGUGGGCAGCACGGGACCCCCAGGCUCCGAGGCCAGCGGGCCCCCGGCCCCGGCGCCGCCCGCCCUCAUCGAGGGCUCGGCCACUGAGGUGUAUGCGGGCGAAUGGCGCGCCGACCGGCGCAGCGGCUACGGCGUGAGCCAGCGCUCCAACGGGCUGCGCUACGAGGGCGAGUGGCUGGGCAACCGGCGGCACGGCUACGGGCGCACCACCCGCCCCGACGGCUCCCGCGAGGAGGGCAAGUACAAGCGCAACCGGCUGGUGCACGGGGGGCGCGUGCGCAGCCUUCUUCCUCUGGCCCUUCGGCGGGGCAAAGUCAAGGAGAAGGUGGACAGGGCCGUCGAGGGCGCCCGUCGAGCCGUGAGCGCUGCCCGCCAGCGCCAGGAGAUCGCCGCUGCCAGGGCAGCAGACGCCCUUCUAAAGGCAGUGGCAGCCAGCAGUGUCGCCGAGAAGGCUGUGGAGGCAGCUCGAAUGGCCAAACUGAUAGCCCAGGACCUGCAGCCCAUGUUGGAGGCCCCAGGCCGCAGACCCAGGCAGGACUCAGAAGGUUCUGACACAGAGCCCUUGGAUGAGGACAGCCCUGGGGUGUACGAGAAUGGACUGACCCCCUCAGAGGGCUCCCCUGAACUGCCCAGCAGCCCUGCCUCCUCCCGCCAACCCUGGCGACCCCCUGCCUGCCGGAGCCCACUGCCUUCUGGAGGGGACCGAGGUCCCUUCUCCAGCCCCAAAGCUUGGCCUGAGGAGUGGGGGGGCCCCGGUGAGCAGGCAGAAGAACUAGCUGGCUAUGAGGCAGAGGAUGAGGCUGGGCUGCAGGGACCAGAGCCCAGAGAUGGCUCCCCACUCCUCGGAGGCUGCAGCGACAGUUCCGGAAGUCUUCGAGAGGAGGAAGGGGAGGAUGAAGAGCCCUUGCUCCAGAUGAGGACCCCAGGGCGCUCGGAGCCGGAGCCCACAGCCUUGCCAGUCCUGAGGGGCCUGUCCUCGAGGGGUCCUGAAGCCGGGUGCCUGAUGGAAGAGGCUGAGGAGGCUGCUGCGUCCGAGAGGCCCGCCCAGCCGGGAGCUGCCAACCCGUUGGUGGUGGGAGCCGUGGCCCUCCUGGACCUCAGCCUGGCAUUCCUGUUCUCCCAGCUCCUCACCUGAGGCUCCUGCCUGGCCUAGUUCUGGCUUUGGUUUGCUGCCUCUUCACUCCUCUGACCUGCCUUUUUCUCUUUUCUUCCUCCUGGUUGUUUUUUCUCUUUUCUUUCUCUUCUCGCUUCCCUUUCUUUUCUGUCCCCCUCUGGUUUUCUCUCUUGUUUUUUCUUUCCCUCUCUCCUUUCAGAUUCUCUCAUCCCUCCUGGCUCUGUCUCCGUCCUCCUCACUCCCUUCCCCACCCACCUCUUCUCUCUCCCUUCUCUCCUCUCUCUAGAUUGUUUACAUAUGAAGGGCUUUUCUCGCUCAGAGUCGCUCUCUUCUCUGAGACACACAAU